ACCAAUGCCACCUUUUCCAACUGCGUUCAUCUAUCCUCCGUCGACUAAUGUGGAGGAGUUUGGCCAUCUUCAACAAGCGAUCCAAGUAGGAAUUUUCCUAAAAUUCCCUUUCUUUCCUUACGUGCAUUCAUGUGCCAUAUACUAAAUUGUGCCUAUUUGUAGCCCCCACCAAUGCCACCUAUUCCAACUAAUUUCAUCUCCCCGCCGUCCAGUACCGAGGCAGAGGAGUCGGGACAUGUUCAACGAACGAGCCAGGUACAAAUAUGAUUAAUAUGAUUUUUUUUGGGUGUUACCCGUUCUAAUAUGAGUUUGUGAUUACAGCCCCCACCUAUGCCACCUAUUCCAACAACGUUUAAGUCCCCUUCGUCGAGUAAUGCAGAGGAGUUGGGGCAUGUUCAAGAAACGAGUCAGGUGCAGUAUUUAAGUCCCUUUUUUUUAUUUUUUUUAUUUACGUUCUUACCCAUUCUAAAUCAUGCCUGAUUAUAGCUACCACCAAUGCCACCUAUCCCAACAACGUUUUACCCUCUGUCAAGUAAUACGAAGGAUUCGGGCCAUGUCCAACAAAUGAGCGAGGUAGAUUCCUGUCUACUGUAAUUUUCUUUUGCCUUACGUGCAUCGUUAUUUGUUCUAACAUCAUACUUGAUUAAAGCCCCCAUCAACUUCAUGCCCUCCAUCGAGUACCGGAGAGGAAUUGAGAAGCACCGAAAAGGAUUCAAGUAAUGCAGAGACUGCAAGUAAUUUUGGAGAUACUUCAUUAGACGUACAUACAGAGGCCGAGGAGAUAAAUGAAGAAAACUCUGAUAAAGACCGAGUUGAGGAGCCAAAACCUGGUAUGGAGUUUGCCACUGAUAAUGAGCUAAUGGCCUAUUAUAAGCGAUAUGCGAAGCAAGAAGGUUUUGGUGUGAUAACACAAAGGACAAAGAGAGAGGCGGAUGGAAGGGUAAAGUAUUUGGCAAUUGGGUGUGCGCGUGGUGGGAAGUACCAACCGAGGGAUAGUAAUAUGUCAAGGCUGCGACCAACUAUUAAAAUAGAUUGUAAGGCAAAGAUCAAUGCUCACUUGGUGAAGGGUACUUGGGUGGUGACCACUGUAGAGAAUGAUCAUAAUCAUAGUACGGUUAGCCCACAAAAGUCUAGAUUCUUUAGGUCGCACAAGUAUUUAGAUGAAUACAGUCAGAGGUUUCUUGACUUGAACGACAGAGCAGGCAUUCGAAUGAAUAAGAAUUUUCGGGCUCUUGUUGUUGAUGCUAGUGGGUUCGAGAAUCUUGAUUUUCAAGAAAAAGACUGUCAAAAUUUUAUUGACAAAGCCAGACAAUUAAUAUUGGGUAAAGGGGGUGGCGAAGCACUUACUGAGUACUUCAAGAGGAUGAGGUUGCAGAAUAAUGGUUUUGUCUAUGUGAUUGAUGUGGAUGAGGAGUUGAGACUGAGAAAUGUGUUUUGGGCUGACGCAUAUAGUAGAGCAACGUAUGAGUAUUUCAGAGAUAUUAUCUCGUUCGAUACGACAUACCUAACAAAUAGGUAUGGUAUGCCGUUUGCUCCUUUUGUUGGUGUAAAUCAUCAUCGGCAGUCUAUAUUGUUAGGGGCUAGGUUGAUUUUAAGCGAGGAUACGAGUACUUUUGUGUGGUUGUUUCAAGCAUGGCUGGAGUGCAUGGAUGGUCAGGCUCCAAAAGCUAUUAUAACAGAUCAAGAUCGAGCAAUGAAGGCUGCUAUUGCAUUAGUAUUCCUAGACACUCGCCAUAGAUAUUGUCUAUGGCAUAUAAUGCUAAAACUACCAGAGAAAUUGGGAUCUCACGCUGCCUUCAACGCAGGGUUGAAGACCUCUAUCUAGAGUGCCCUAUAUGAUUCACAGACAUGCGAAGAGUUUGAGCAUAAGUGGGGGCAACUUAUUCAGAAGUAUGAUCUUGGUGAUAAUCCAUGGCUGCAAGGGUUGUAUAAUGAGAGGGCAUUCUGGGUACCGGUGUAACUUAAGGGAGUAUUUUGGGCUGGCAUGAGCACAACACAGAGGUCUGAAAGCAUGAAUGCUUUCUUCGAUGGGUUCGUGCAUGCUGGUACGACGUUGAAAGAAUUUGUCGAUCAAUUUGACAAUGCGCUCAGGAAGAAGGUGGAGGUCGAGACGACAGCUGAUUUCAACUCUGCAAACCAAACCAUCCCAUGUUCAUCCGCAUUCUGCAUUAAGAAGCAAUUUCAAGUUGUGUAUACGAAUGCAAAAUUUAAGGAGGUCCAAUGAGAGGUUUGGGGAAUGAUUUUAUGUAACUGCAUACUUAUAAGUAAGGAGAGUUGCAUUUCCACUUAUGAUGUGUUGGAUGAAAUUACCACUGAUGAUGACCAUGUCAAGAGCGUGAAGUACACAAUUUACUUUAACGAGGAGGAAGUUAAUGUUAAAUGCACAUGUGCAUUAUUUGAGAUGAGGGGAAUUCUCUGUAGGCAUGCAUUGAACGUUUGCUAGAUGAAUAAGAUUCAUACAUUGCCGGAUAAGUACAUCUUGGAUUGCUGGAGGAAGGACUUAACGAGGAGAUAUAUGGUGGUAAAAAGUAGCUUUGACGACUUGCAACAGAAUGCAGACUCAUAGAGGUAUGAGUUCGUGGUUAAACGAUGUCUAAAAUUAGCAACUCGUUUAUGCAGCAGUGAUGACCAUGUUGAUGCAUUCAUGUCUCACUUGGAUGAGUUUGAGAUUAAAUUUAAAGGAUUAACACUUGAGUCCGGUUCAAGCAAGGUAAAAAAGACUACAUCCCCCACCAAGGGUAAGAAAAUCUUAAGCCCGCACGUUAUUCGAGGGAAAGGGAGGCCGUCAACGAAAAGGAAGGUUCUGCCUUUGGAGAAGGCUGCAACAAAGCGAAAGAA